AUGUCUGAUGAGGAAUUGGCGAAAGUGACGCAGGAAAUCUCUCUGGCAGGCUCAGCAGGUCUCCUUAUUGCAUCCAGAAAAUUGUGUCGCCUUAUACCAUUUCCAUCUUCCGAUCUUUCCAAGUACAUUCUGGUGCUUCAGAGUCGACAAGGCCCGUUUGAGAUCACAUCUGUCUUGACAAUCUACGAAAUUGAAAUCUUGCUAUUCUACGGCACGGAUCAUCCAAACUUGGAGUACAUUGAGCUGAGACUCAAAACGCUUGUGUCGCUUAGUGGCAAGACAGGUGUAGAGGACCCAUACGUGAGGGUCAAGUACCUAGAUUUGCUCACUGACUACCAGUACUUCUAUGGCUCGGAUAGGGAGCUCAAGUCGAUGGACUUGGUGAACAAGAAGCUCAAUUCGUUGACUCUCGUUAGCGACUUCAAUCAUCCUGUGGUGGAGGAUCUACAACUCAAGAUCUUGCUCCUCUACCUUAUGAGUGGAGCCGACUUCCGAAAGAAAAACGUUAAACAAUACUUAUUGGAAGAGGACAUUUUCCACAAAAGCUACGGCGAAGCCAUAGACCAGUACAAGGAGGCCUACAUAAAGCAGCCAUUGGUGAGUCCUGGCUUGUUUCGGGCUUUUGUUGGCUCGGUGUCUCAAAUUGAUGGCUUAUUCCACUUUGUCUGCUCCAAGUACUCUACACGGCUUUUGGAGAACUUCCUUGAUGUCAACAUCUCCAAACUACCGCAUUACUUCUCGCUGAUUCCAUAG